AACUGCGUCGGAUUCGUCAUUCCGAACUACUUCGAGCCCGACUUGGUGUACAAGACGAUGUGGCUGCAGGACACCCCCGACGAGGACAUAUCCCCCGUGCUGUACGACUGCUUCGACUUCAUCGAGGAGGCGACGGUGGAGCGCGGCGGCAGAGUCUUGGUGCACUGCUCGCAAGGGGUGUCCAGGUCGUGCUCCGUGGUGAUAUCGUACCUCAUGUGGAGGGACGGGGGUUCCUACGAGGACACGUUCGCGGCGGUGAAGGAGAAGCGCGGUAUCGCCAACCCGAACAUGGGGUUCACGUGCCAGAUGCUUCAGUGGGCCAAGAGGAUCGGGACCGAGGCGGACCGCGCGCCGCCGCACAGGCUCUACCGCGUGGCGCCCCACAACGAGCACGACCCGACCUACCUGGUCGCCAAACCGUGCACGAGCUGCGAUACCACGCAGCUCGACGCGAGGGGCGCGUACGUGGUGGCGACGUCCAAUCGUAAGGCUUUCGCGUGGGUGGGA